UUGAGAGAACACAAAAUGAAUAACUCAACAAACUCCUCUAACAAUGGCCUGGCUCUGACCAGUCCUUAUAAGACAUUUGAAGUGGUGUUUAUUGUCCUUGUGGCUGGAUCCCUCAGUUUGGUGACUAUCAUUGGGAAUAUUCUGGUCAUGGUCUCCAUUAAAGUCAACCGCCACCUCCAGACCGUCAACAAUUACUUUUUGUUCAGCUUGGCCUGUGCUGACCUCAUCAUUGGUGUUUUCUCCAUGAACUUGUACACCCUCUACACCGUGAUUGGCUACUGGCCUUUGGGACCUGUGGUAUGUGACCUUUGGCUAGCCCUGGACUACGUGGUCAGCAACGCCUCGGUGAUGAAUCUGCUCAUUAUCAGCUUUGACAGGUACUUCUGUGUCACCAAACCGCUCACCUACCCAGUCAAGCGGACCACGAAAAUGGCAGGUAUGAUGAUUGCAGCUGCCUGGGUCCUCUCCUUUAUCCUGUGGGCCCCGGCCAUUCUCUUCUGGCAGUUCAUCGUAGGGGUGAGGACUGUAGAGGAUGGGGAAUGCUACAUUCAGUUUUUCUCCAACGCCGCUGUCACCUUUGGUACCGCCAUUGCAGCCUUCUAUUUGCCUGUGAUCAUCAUGACUGUGCUAUACUGGCACAUAUCCCGAGCCAGCAAGAGCAGGAUAAAGAAGGACAAGAAGGAGCCUGUGGCCAACCAAGACCCAGUUUCUCCAAGUCUGGUACAAGGAAGGAUAGUGAGGCCAAACAACAACACCACACCUGGCAGUGACGGUAGCCUGGAGCACAACAAAAUCCAGAAUGGCAAAGCCCCCAGAGAUGCUGUGACUGAAAACUGUGUCCAGGGAGAGGAGAAGGAGAGCUCCAAUGAUUCCACCUCAGUCAGUGCGGUAGCCUCUAAUAUGAGAGAUGAUGAAAUAACCCAGGAUGAGAACACAGUCUCCACUUCCCUGGGCCACUCCAAAGAUGAGAACUCAAAGCAGACGUGCAUCAAAAUUGUCACCAAGACCCCAAAAGGUGACUCAUGUACCCCAGCUAAUACCACUGUGGAGCUAGUUGGUUCUGCAGGUCAGAACGGAGACGAAAAACAGAACAUCGUCGCUCGUAAGAUUGUGAAGAUGACGAAGCAGCCUGCCAAAAAGAAGCCUCCUCCUUCUCGGGAAAAGAAAGUGACCAGGACGAUCUUGGCUAUCCUGUUGGCUUUCAUCAUCACUUGGGCCCCAUACAAUGUCAUGGUGCUCAUCAACACCUUCUGUGCACCCUGCAUCCCCAACACAGUGUGGACAAUUGGUUAUUGGCUCUGUUACAUCAACAGCACUAUCAACCCCGCCUGCUAUGCACUUUGUAAUGCCACCUUCAAGAAGACCUUUAAACAUCUUCUCAUGUGUCACUAUAAGAACAUCGGCGCUACGAGGUAAAACACCUUUGUAGAGAAGGAAGGUGGUCAGGGGAGCUUGGGAAAAAGAAAAGGGAUAAAAAAAAAAACCUCCCAGUUUUAAAAAUCUCUGCCAUUGCACUUUAUAGUCUUAUUAUGGAAUGUGCAAUUAAGGAGCCCGACAGUGACACUUUUAUCGUGCCUAUGCUCCAGUUUGAGAAACCCACACCUUAUCAGCCCUGUCAGUUUCAGAGCGAUGAGACCAUGAAAGAGACAUUUUGGAAUUAAUGGAUUUAAGGAACAAUCCACAUGUUCUCAUACUCUCUUGAAGAAGGGCUUCUGAAUCUACGGUUUUAUCUCUGCACAAGAAGAAUAAUAACCUCGCUCCUUUUUAUUCCCAUUUUUUUUUUGUUCCCGUGUGUCCAUAUGAGGAUGAAAUGCCACAGCUAACAUGGAGACUUAAACAUAAAGAAAUAGACGUCACACAAUGGACAAGUGAAGGAAGAGGAUCAAAAAAUAUAUAUAUAGAAAUGGUCUCCAUAGUGUUAAGUGCUAAGCAUAUAUUAUUCUUUUGUUACAGUUUUA